UCAGCUGAUUACUGUGUGAAUCCACCUCAUGUGUUGAAUGCUACUAUAGUAACAAUGCUCAAGGCCAAAUAUCCCGCUGGUGAGAGAGUACAUUAUGAAUGUCAUAAACCUUUUGAACUAUUUGGGAAUGUGGAAGUGAUGUGUCAAAAUGGGAUGUGGACUGAACCACCAAGAUGCAAAGACCCAACAGGGAAAUGUGGGCCUCCUCCAACUAUUGACAAUGGAGACAUCACCUCCUUGUCAUUACCAGUAUAUGCAUCAUUAUCAUCAGUUGAAUAUCAGUGUCAGAAAUAUUAUCUACUUAAAGGAAAUAGGACAAUAACAUGUAGAAAUGGAAAGUGGUCUGAGCCACCAACCUGUUUAUCUGCAUGUGUAAUAUCAGAAGACAUUCUGGAAAGACAUAACAUAUUUCUCANAUGGAGACAAAGUGAAAAAUUUUAUUCUCAAUCAGGGGANGUUAUUGAAUUUNUGUGUAAACCUGGAUAUACACNAGCAAGNGGAUCACCANCAUUUCGUGCAAAGUGUAUGAAUGGUCACAUCAAUUAUCCCACUUGUGAAUAAAAUCACAAUACAUUUA